GUUGUCAUUAUCAUGACGUCAAUAAACAGCGACUCGUAAGAUGUCUCAGGGUGAGAUACUAUUUUGCAGGGGAUGGACUUCACUGAGUGCUACGGAGACACAGUCUCCAGUGUUGCAGCUGCAGCGCGGUCGGGCUGUAGGAAGCGGGUGAGGAGGCUGAUAAAGAGAGGCUUCAGUGUGGACUGUCGAGAUAACCGUGGCUGGAAUGCCCUGCACGAGGCGUCAGCCGCUGGCAGUAAAGAGUGUGUGCAGGACAUUUUGUCUGCAGCCGGCGCAGCAGGCUCCUCCCGUGGCUGUCAUGCCUAUGUGAACUCUUUAACACAUGAGGGGGAAUCUGCAUGCUACCUGGCAGCGCAGCGUGGACACCUGGCAGUGGUCCGACUCCUCCUGAAAGCGCAUGCCAACAUCAACCAGCUAACAAAUGACUUAUCCUGUCCUUUGUAUGCAGCUGUAGAUGGCGGGUACAAGGAGGUUGUAGAACUGCUGCUCAGUAAAGGUGCAGAGGUCAACAGAACACACACCGCGUCCUGCUGGACCUGCCUUCAUCAAGCUGUUUAUAAGGGUCACAGUGAAAUUGUGCACAUCCUGGUCAAUGUGUGCAACCUAGAGGCACUAGAUGACCACAGGAUCUCCCCUCUCUUUGUGGCUGCACAGUAUGGACAACAGCAAUGCCUGGAAAUCCUUGUUAAUGCUGGUGCCAAUGUGAACACCCAGGCAGCUGAUCUGGCCACACCACUGCUGAUUGCCUCUCAGGAGGGCCACCAGGCAUGUGUGGAUUUCCUUUUGGACCACGGGGCAGAUCCUAACGUAGCCUGCAGCCAUGACUGGCCCCAGCUUCCAAUUCAUGCUGCUGCUGAGUUUGGCCACAUCGGUGUCCUCAGGAGGCUGAUAGAUGUUACGGAUCGUGUGUGUGACCUUGGCGAUGGCAUGGUGAGUCCACUGUAUGUGGCGGUCAACAGGCAUCAGAGCGAGAGUGUCGAGAUGCUUUUGAGGGAAGGUUAUAGCCCAGAUGCCCAGGACUGCACACACAUCCUGGGCCUCCGUUCACCACUCUCCUUUGCCUUGUGUCGCACAUCUAACAAACCAUACAGUGAAUCAGUGAGGUUGCUGGUAGCUGCAGGAGCAAGUUUCAGUGAGGAGGACUGGAUUUACGCUUUGGCCACUGACAAAACAGACCUGCUUCAACUGAUACUUGAGCACAGAUGGAUCCCUCGCCCGGAGACAUUGACCAGAGACUGUUCUGUUCCACGUCAUCAUGGGAAAACUGUGUUAAAGCUGCAGGAACUGAGAGAGCUGCUUUGUGUUGCACUAAACCAAGUAAAUUUUGCUGCCUGCUGGCUUCCUCUGCUUCUGAAGGCAGGACUUGAACCUUCUUUGCUGCUUCAGCCCCACAUGUUGGAACAGGCAGACGGCGAGGUGUUGAAUUACCUACUAGAGUUUGUAAACUGGUCGACUCUGUCUCCGCCUUUGAAACACAUUCUGGAUCGAAGACGGGCAGAGAAGAGCUGGGAACCAUGUCCACAUUUCGACUCCAUUCCCUGUCUUUCCCACAUCUGUCGGCUGCAGGUUAGGUUAGUGCUGGGACCAGAUCUACUGAUGAGGACCAACGUUGUCCAGCAGCUCCCUGUGCCCUCUGUACUUCAUGGCUUCCUCCAAUUCAGAGACAUCCUGAAAGCUUCCUACACACACUCCCCGCCAUCACCACUUUUAAAUCGAAUACAGGGAUACCGCAGUACACACACACACACAGGCAUGUUCUAUAAUGAUGCUUUAAGGUUGUUAAAAUAAUCUUAUUUCACAGUUUGACGUAUGUGUUCUGUGUCUGCUUGUUACAGCACCUCAUGAAAACAAUAUGUUAACAAAUGGAGAUAUUUUGUGCAUCAUUUUUCACCCAUUUCCUUAUAGUUCUGCACAUUUGUCUAUUACUUUUCAUAAAUUAUUUCACUAAUUUGAAUAUUGUAGUUUGUAUCACUUGUUUCUCUCUACCAGUAGCGUUUAUUGUUUAAUUUUAGUUUUGUUAUUAUUUAUUAUUCAAGUUAAUAAAUCCUUAAAACAAGG